AUGAAGGCCAACGAUGACUUCAAUUCGUUCUACGCGGAAUUCUCCCGUCUUGCUCUGGAGUCGAAGCGCGACGAGGAGCUGCAGAAGGAUGGUCUGUUCGAGAGACUCCCGUACCAGUUGCAGACGUUGGUGGCUGGAGAGGUGUACAAGGACGACGUGACCAUGCAAGAUUUUGUUGACUCCUGUCGACGCGGUGCGAUCGCCAUGACUCGCAUGCAACUCCCGAACCGCUUCAAAAAGUCGGAAUCAAGCACUCACCAGGCACCUGUGGAUUCCAGGCUUUCGACGCCUGCACCUAUGACCUCGGACCCUUGCGACGGACCUAUUUGCUUCCCUCGCCUGCGACCAACCACCCUCCAACCCUGA